AUUCUCUGAUUCCUUGACGCGCGCCCUUUCCACUCAAACCGCUUUACCUUUCCGCCAUUGCUGUCCCACAUAUGCUUUAUGCGCUCGAGUGUAUUUCGUCUUUCUUCAACAGUGGAACUUCUGAAAUGGUACUCAACCUGUAUUUAUGCGCGUUUAGAAUUGAGAAUCAACCCAUUGUUUUUUAAAUGGCCCCAAAGGAAGAUGUUAUCCUCAAGGUCAACAGUUUUGGAAAUGGCGACAAGGAAUUAGUGGAGAAGAAGUUCCAGUGUUUACCAGAGAGAUCCUUGCAAACCAUGAGACGAAGAGGUAAAGAAUUUUCCGAGCCGGAAAACCGCCAGCCGUCCUCGGGCUCCAGCGGCGGCGAGGUUCUCCGUUGCAGUUCCAACUAUUCGUUUUCUGGAAGUUCAUGGAGCUCACCGAUUAGCAAGAAGUCUCGGUUGAUGGAUCCUCCUGAGGAUGAUUCUUCUCAAAAGCUGGAAACCGCCGUGAAAGAUGAGGGUAACAACAACAAUAAUCAAGACGGCACCGAGGAUAUGCCUGAAGAGUACAAUCAACUGAAGUUAAGCCCCUUAUUAGGUUUCCAGUUGGUAGUUUUUGUUCUCAUUAUUGUGAGUUUGAUUUGUAAUCGAUGGAUUUCAAUCUUAAAGCGGGAGACGUUUUGGGGUCUUCCGCUGUGGAAAUGGGAGUUGACUGUUCUAGCGGUAAUCUGUGGACAUAUGGUUUCAUCUAUGGCCGUUGGAUUGAUGGUGAAAAUCAUCGAGAUGAAUUUCCUGUUAAGGAAACGGGUUCUGUAUUUCGUUUAUGGAUUGAGAAAGGCUGUAAAAAAUUGCCUGUGGAUGUCUCUGAUUUUGCUUGUUUGGCAUUUCAUCUUCAACGACAAGGUUCAGAGAAAGACGCAGAGUAAGAUCUUGCCUUAUGUCACCAAGAUUUUGAUCUGUUUUCUCGUGGCUGCUUCGAUAUGGCUUCUGAAAACGCUUGUCAUUAAGAUUCUGGCUUCGUUUUUCCACGUUAAUAACUACUUCGAAAGGCUUAAGGAGGCUUUGUUCAGUCAGUACGUGAUCGUGACGCUCUCUGGUUUGCCAUUGUUUGAGAGGCCAAAUUCUGAAGAUAUGAUGAAGGAUGAACAAAUUGGCGAUGGAAAAGCAGAAAGUUCCAAAAGUGGCAGAGUUGUAUGCAGUGGCAGACUCGUAAAUUGCAAUGGCUGGAGACAAUUGAAGGUAGAAUCAAAAAGAAAAGAUGAGGAAAUCCCAGUUGAUGAGUUAAAUAAACUGAACCAGAAGAAUAUAUCAGCUUGGAAUAUGAGGAGAAUGAUGAAUAUUGUAAGAAAUGGAGCUUUGUUAACUCUUGAUGAGAAGAUACUGUCGGAGACGGAAGAACAAUCUUUGUUGCAGAUUAGGAAUGAACGGCAGGCGAAAGAGGCAGCUGGGAGGAUUUUCCGGCGAGUGGCCCAACGUGGGUCAGACUGUAUUUAUAUAGAAGAUGUAAUGCGAUUUAUGAAUAAAGAGGAAGCUUUAGUGACGAUGAGUUUAUUUGGAACAACCGCUGAAACUCAAUGCAUUGAUGAGUCCUCUUUUAGAGAGUGGAUGGUUAAUGCAUUUAAGCAGAGAAAAGUGCUUGUUCUAUCUCUCAAUGAUGCAAAUACAGCUGUUGAUGAUCUUCACAACUUGCUAAACGUCUUUGUAGCUUUAACAAUUUUGGUAAUCUGGCUUAUCAUAUUUGGAACUCCCGUCUUGCACUUCCUCAUCUUCAUAACUUCACAGCUUCUUCUUCUAGCUUUUAUUUUUGGCAACACAUGUAAGACGGUCUUUGAAGCUAUCAUUUUCUUGUUUGUGAUGCACCCAUUCGACGUUGGCGAUCGCUGCGAAGUGGACGGCGUCGAGAUGGUUGUUGAAGAGAUGAAGAUAUUAACAACAGUUUUCCUGAGAUAUGAUAAUCAAAGGAUCAGCUACCCCAACAGUGUGCUGGCUACCAAAGCCAUUGGCAAUUACUACCGUAGUCCAGACAUGGGAGAGGGAGUUGACUUCUAUAUCCACAUCUCUACUCCAUGGGAGAAAGUUGCCCUUUUGAAAGAACGGAUAACCAGGUAUGUUGAGAGCAUGGGCGAGCAAUGGCACCCAGAUCCACAGAUUGUGAUGAAGGAUGUUGAAGAUCUUGAGAAGGUGAGGAUGUCGGUGGGUCUUACGCACAAAUUGAACCAUCAGAACAUGAAAGAGAGGUGGAACAGGAGAGCUGCGCUGGUUCAAGAGAUUGUCACAAUUUUAGACUCAACAUGACCACAAUCUACUCUAUGUUGCCUUUCUUUCGGGACUUAUUGUAAGUGUCAUUUUACUUCAAAAGUCAUUUCAAACCUAACUCUCAUUUUAGCCAUUUUGUACAUUAUUUGAACGUG